AUGAGUCGUAGUUAUAAUGAUGAGCUGCAGUUCUUGGUAAAGAUCAAUAACAACUGCUGGAGAAUCAAGAAGGGCUUCGCGCCCAACCUGCAGGUUGAAGGAGUUUUCUACGUGAAUGAUGCUCUGGAAAAAUUAACGUUUGAAGAAUUAAGGAAUGCCUGUCGGGGUGGUGGUGUCGGUGGCUUCCUGCCAGCCACGAAACAAAUUGGCAGUGUAGCAGCCCUGCCUGGGAUUGUUCAUCGAUCUAUUGGGCUUCCUGAUGUCCAUUCAGGUUAUGGGUUUGCUGUUGGGAAUACGGCAGCCUUUGAUAUGAGUGACCCUGAAGCAGUGGUAUCCCCAGGUGGCGUUGGAUUUGACAUCAACUGCGGUGUGCGCUUGCUAGGAACCAAUUUAGACGAAAGUGAUGUCCAGCCUGUGAAGGAGCAGCUUGCCCAAGCUAUGUUUGACCACAUUCCUGUCGGGGUGGGAUCAAAAGGUGUCAUUCCCAUGAGUGCCAAAGACUUGGAGGAGGCCUUGGAGAUGGGUGUGGACUGGUCCCUGAGGGAAGGCUAUGCCUGGGCUGAGGACAAGGAGCACUGUGAGGAGUACGGAAGGAUGUUGCAGGCCGACCCCAACAAGGUCUCUGCGAGGGCUAAGAAAAGAGGACUUCCUCAGUUGGGGACCCUGGGAGCAGGCAACCACUAUGCAGAAAUCCAGGUUGUGGAUGAGAUUUUCAAUGAGUACGCAGCUAAGAAAAUGGGCAUCGACCAUAAGGGACAGGUGUGUGCGAUGAUCCACGGUGGAAGCAGAGGCCUGGGCCACCGAGUAGCCACAGAUGCACUGGUAGCUAUGGAAAAAGCCAUGAAGAGAGACAAGAUUAUAGUCAACGACCGGCAGUUGGCUUGUGCUCGGAUCGCUUCCCCAGAGGGUCGGGACUACCUGAAGGGGAUGGCAGCUGCUGGGAACUAUGCCUGGGUCAACCGCUCCUCCAUGACCUUCUCAACCCGUCAGGCCUUUGCCAAGGUCUUCAACACAACCCCUGAUGACUUGGACCUGCAUGUGAUCUAUGACGUUUCUCACAAUAUUGCCAAAGUAGAGCAGCCUGUGGUGGACGGAAAGGAACGGACACUGUUGGUUCACAGGAAGGGAUCCACCCGAGCUUUCCCCCCUCACCAUCCCCUCAUUGCUGUUGAUUACCAACUCACUGGACAACCCGUGCUCAUCGGCGGCACCAUGGGCACUUGUAGUUACGUUCUUACUGGCACUGAACAGGGCAUGACUGAGACCUUUGGAACAACUUGUCAUGGAGCGGGCCGUGCACUGUCCCGAGCAAAAUCUCGUCGUAAUUUAGAUUUUUAGGAUGUCUUGGACAAGCUGGCAGAUAUGGGAAUCGCAAUCCACGUUGCCUCACCCAAAUUGGUUAUGGAAGAGGCUCCCGAGUCCUAUAAGAACGUGACAGAUGUGGUGAACACCUGCCACAAUGCUGGAAUCAGCAAGAAGGCCAUUAAACUGAGACCGAUUGCCGUGAUCAGAGGAUAGAACGCUGACCGUAG